AUGGCACAUUCACAGAAUGAAGACAUUUUGGUGAUCCCUUUUGGACGGGGUUCCUUCACUGGCACCAGUCCUACACCCAAGGAAUCUUUUGUUGUCAUGGUUGGUUGGACUCAUCUCGACAAUAGUCAAUACAUUGACAUAAUUGAUGAUCUCAAGAGUUGGAAAGAGGUUAUCGCGUUGGCCCGAAAUUGUUCUCCAGACCUGAUUAAGCAAAAGAACGGCCUACACCAUGGAACGCACGGUGAGAUGUACUCCUAUGGCUGCAAGGGUGCCUAUGGAAUGUCAGAAAACGACUGCUCCAUUCUACCCUUUGCCAACAAUGACCCAGAGAUGGCAAGGCUUGUUGCAGAUUGUCUUGGCCAGGAAACUCAAUAUGUGAAACAACAGUGGCGAGCAAUGUUUGGAGGAAACAUGAUACGGGACUCUACCAUGCCUUUUGAGAUCCUGCAAGAGGCAGCUUUCAGAGCAAAUCCCAACCUCAAGGAAGACAUCACACCUGUGCUUGGAUCAUACAAUGCUACGACUGUUCUGUUUGUCAAGUCCUUUACCAAAGUCAUCCACCGUGAGAGGGACCAAACAUAUGGUUUUAUCAGGUUUCCGUCACAGCGCACUGGCUGCUACCACUAUUACUUCCACAUCCGUCUCGAUGAAUCAGACAGUUUCUUCAUUCCUGCUGCAGUUGGAGAUCAAGAAAACUUCAGCCUCUCCCCCUCAAUGGAGCUACUGUUCGGCCCCUACUUUGUCAUGCACCAUCAGGUAAAAGUUCCCAAGGGAAUGGAUCCUGCCGAUUGCUUUGGCAAAGUGCCUGAGGAACUCAGAGCUUGGAGCAGGAAAGUUUGGGAGACCAGACAGAAGAAGGAUAAUAAGCAGGCAGAGGAGACGAAGGAUGACUAUGCUCUUGAGGAAGGACAGGUUGAUGAAGACAACAAGGCAGAACGAGAUACUCUUGAGGAAGGUCCGGUUGACGAGGCAACCGAGGCUGAACAAGAUACUUUUGAGGCAGAUGCGAUUGAUGAGCAGAAUGAGGCUGGCCAGCAAACAGUAGAGGAACGGAGACGUCGAGCUGGUUGGAUGGUUGCCAGGGCAACGCACCAUGGUUCCACCCAUUUUGCUCCUGCUAGGGCAAUCCCAACAACAAAGUCCGACGGAAUGGAGCAAGAUCAAUCAAACGGAACAGUUGAUCUUGCUUUUCUAGUUAGUGCUGCCCUCGGGAUACCAUUGAGCUGUUAUGGCUGGAUUGGUUGGACGCAUUGGACUGAAUUGUUUCAAGAGUCGGGUGGUGCGGCGUGUUGUUGCGUCGUCGUGGCAUCCCUCGAGGGAUCGCUGCAGUUGGCACGAUGUGGCCAGUAA